AUGGACAAAGCAGGGUCGCAACAAGCUCCAGCAACCAGCGAGCGAAAUCUCGACGCGAAGCGCACGACUUUCGACGAACCAACUACCGCUCCUGAUGCCAAACGCAUGAAAAGCUCCCCUGAAGGGCUGACAGGACCUCAUGUUUCAGCUCCAGCUGCACGCCCUAGGACAUCGGGAAGCAUUCCAACUGUCCUAAAGCCUGCAGUGGUGGAAGAGCGAAAUGGUGAGAUCGAAUACCGAGUGGUCAACAACGAUGCCUCCAGAGAGAGUACGAUUAUCCUUACGGGUCUCAAAUGCCUGUUCCAAAAGCAACUCCCCAAAAUGCCCAAAGAUUACAUCGCACGUCUCGUCUAUGAUCGCGCUCACCUGUCUUUGGCCAUCGUGAAAAUGCCUCGGGAAGUCAUUGGCGGAAUAACAUUUCGAGAAUUCCGAGACCGCAGGUUUGCUGAAAUCGUCUUUUGCGCAGUCUCCUCUCACCAGCAGGUUAAGGGAUACGGAGCGCAUCUCAUGGCCCAUUUGAAGGACUAUGUCAGAGCUACCUCCCCAGUAAUGCAUUUCCUAACCUACGCCGACAAUUAUGCCACGGGAUAUUUCCAAAAACAGGGGUUCACCAAAGAGAUCACACUCAACAAGUCUAUCUGGAUGGGGUAUAUCAAGGACUACGAAGGAGGAACACUCAUGCAAUGCUCCGUGCUUCCCCGAAUACGGUAUCUCGAGCUCGGCCGUAUGCUUCUGAAGCAGAAGGAAACUGUUCGAGCCAAAAUGCGUAUCUUGAGCAAAAACCACAUCAUUCACCCACCGCCUCAACAAUGGGCUCUCGGCAUCAUCGUUCCAAUCGAUCCGCUCUCCAUCACUGCCAUCCAGGCAACUGGCUGGUCUCCAGACAUGGACAAGUUAGCCCGUGAACCGCGCCACGGGCCUCACUUUAACGAACUUCGACGUUUUUUGAAUCAAAUACAAAAUCACAAACAAGCAUGGCCUUUCCUCCACCCGGUCAAUAAAGACGAAGUCCCUGAUUACUAUAACGUUAUUACAUCGCCAAUAGACCUUUCGACCAUGGAAGAAAGGUUGGAGCAGGAUUUCUAUACUGCUCCGAAAGACCUUGUCAGCGAUCUUAAGUUGAUUUUCAGUAAUUGUCGACAAUAUAAUGACGCAACGACGGUAUACGCCAAGUGUGCGGCCAGCCUGGAGAAGUACAUGUGGAAACUCAUUAGGGAGAUUCCAGAGUGGUUUGACUUGCUUGAAGAAUGA